GCAGUCGUUUUUCGACAAGCAGUCUCUUAUCGGCACUACACCGUCAGAGAACGUACUGACUCACUUCCAGAAGACGUAAAUAUCACUCAUACAGCAAUCAUUUAUUUACUUUUAGUACACGAAACGGACGGUAACUAGUGAAAUAGUGCGUCGUAAUUGUUUAUGUAGAGUUAGCGAUCGCAGAAUACAACGGUUACAGAGUUGUUUCCACCCGAGACAAUGAGGAGGGUGCACAACAACAUCAAGGCACUAUAACAAUACAUGAAAGCGUCCGUAUGUCGGUGUUUUUCAUACACUUAUAUUAAAUAAGAUUCUUGAAAAAGAAAUAAGGGGCUCCACUUUCACUGAACACGGCAAACCCGCGCUCUCGCGAGGGUUACUAUCGCCACCGCAACGUCACAGUUGUAGCACCCAGCGGAGGUAAACAAACACAAAGCUAAACAAAGCUAGCAGCGUUAGCUCCAGCCCGUACUCGACGUCUCGACAAUCACGGCGGAAAGGCGGUGGCUCGUUCGUGUGUCGCAGGGUAAAUAUUCCAGCUUUUAACGACGCAGCGAUGUCUUCGCGUCAACAUUUGAGACAUUUAAUCACCGAGCGACUAGCUGCUGCCGCCGAGGAUAUAUUCUCAGCCUUCGAACAAACAAUCGUCGACUACGAGGAGGAGGUGAAUCGUCAGCGCAAACUGUUGGAGAUCGUUUGCAAACCUCGAGUAAAGUUACACCGAAUAGAGCUUCCACAGCAGCAUGUCUUUAAAGAGGGGGAGGUUCUCACUGAGCAGCAGCUCUGGAACCAGGAGAGGAACUCCAGUCUGGACCAAGAGGAACCAGAGUCUCUACAGAUGAAAGAGGAUCAGGAGGAAAUCUGCACCAGUCAUGAGGGAGAACAGCUUCAAGUGAAGCAGGAGGCUGAUAUAAUCAUGUUGACUCUUGGUCAUGUGGAAAGUAACCUCAUGGAACCAGAACCAGGCAGUGACCACCAGUUCCUCUCUCACAGCUCUGCUGUAGCUGAGAGUCAAGAUCAGACAGGAAGUCACCAUGUUGACUUUGUGUUUAAUAGAAAUGCAGAGUUAGAGAGAAGUGACGGGAACAACAUGGACAACUGUCACACAUCAGAGAUUGGGUUUGAACCUCAAACAGGUCAAAGGUCUUUAGAAUGUGAAACUGGUGGAAAUGAAUACGUCCAUACGCGUGUAUUUGAUUUAUAUCAGAGAGAGCAACCGCAUUUUUGCAAUAUAUGCCGCAAAUGCUUCACAACCAAAGCUGGUUUGUCGGCUCACGUGAGAACUCACACGGGCGAGAAGCCGUACACCUGUGAGACGUGCGGACAGUGUUUUAGGCAAAGUUCGACCCUGAUGAAGCACAGGAGAGUUCACACAAACGAGAAGCCAUAUUCCUGUGAGACGUGUGGACAGCGUUUUAGAGAGAGAUCCAAUUUGAAAGUUCACGUGAGAACCCACACGGGCGAGAAGCCGUACUCGUGUGAAAUGUGUGGAAGGCGCUUUCUACGAAGAUCAAAUUUGAACGUCCACAGAAGAACUCACACAGAGCUUCCACAGCAGCAUGUCUUUAAAGAGGGGGAGCGUUUGGCACUGCAGGGCCGCCGUACCUUUGAGCUGAACGGGACUAUCGAACUUGGAUCACAGUGCAGCUUCCGGAAUGCUUUUAUGUUGAAAGGCAUUCACCGGAUGUCCUUUGCGACGUCUUAUCGCGACCAUUGA